AUGGAAGAUUCAGAGCAAAGAAGAAAACGGUUGAAAGAAAUGCGAUUGCAAGCUGAUCUUGCUGAAGACUCUGGUGGCGGCGGCGGUGGUGGUGAAGCUUCUGGUACGCAGGGUAUUCUUUCAAAUCCAUUGGCUGAAGCUCCUUCAAUUAUGCCACCACCGGAUGCUGCUCCGAGAUUUAACUAUUAUACAGAUCCAAUGAAUGCGUUCUCUUCUGAUAAGAGGAGUAGUGGCAAUGUCCGGCCUGCACCCGAAUAUUUGCCUCCUCCUCCUCCUCUUCCUCUAAAUUUUGGUGGAUCUCCUAUGGUGCAGUUUUCGUCGCCACAUACAGAAUCAACAAAUCUACAGAUGUCUCCUUCUCCUACUCAAACAUUGCCAGCACCCUAUAGAAAUCCAGUUUGGAAUAGACCUAGAGGCCCUCUUCAGUAUAACUUUCCAUUCCGUCCAUCAGGUGGUGGUACUUAUCUGAGUCCUAGGUUUGAACCUCCGGGCGGUCCAUCGUACAACAAUGCACCAGGCAUGAAUCAAUGGCCCAACCAUAAUUCAAAUCCUUCUUCAGGAUAUAGUCCAAAUCAUUCUGAAGGAUAUAGUCCAAGUCCUUCUUCAGGAUAUAGUCCAAAUCAUUCUCCAGCAUUCAGGAACAGUCCUAACACUAGUCAAGGCCGAGGCAGAGGCUUCUGGCAUAGUACCAGAGGCCCUGUUUCAGGACGAGGUGGUAGACAAGGAUCAGGUUCUCAUGGUCGCUGGUCCAAUAAAGACAGAAGUUGUGGUCCAGAACGAUAUUACAAGAGGUCCAUGAUCGAAGAUCCAUGGAAGUGUUUGAAACCUAUUAUAUGGUGUUCAACAUAUCAUUUUUCAAAUAUUUCAUUUACACCUGAGAAUUCAAAACCCCAGGCUCUUUCAGAAUCAACAAGUACAAAAAGGGAGGGACCAUCUGCUGUUUUUAGCAAAUCCAAUUCUGGACCAAGUCUCGCUGAGUAUUUGGCUUCUGCGUUCAAUGAAGCUGCCAACACUGAAGAAUAA